AAGCCAUACAUCGAAUGAACGAACGAGCAGAUAAUACGCGAAACUUACACCAAAACUUUUGUGGUUCUGUUUUGUUUAUUCAUCACAUUACAUGCAUGCAUGUAUGUUGUUUCGUAUAUAAUCGUGUCCUACUCCAAAAUUCGAUUCGUCCGUUGUUGUAGUGCAUGAGGACAAUAUGCCCAGUAAAAAGAGAAAAUACAACGCUCGUUUUCCGGCGGGUCGUAUCAAGAAAAUAAUGCAGACUGACGAAGAGAUUGGAAAGGUUGCACAAGCUGUACCGAUCAUAAUUUCUAGGACUUUAGAACUGUUUGUACAUUCGUUGCUAACCAAGGCCAUGCAGAUAACAAGUGCCAAAAAUGCCAAGACUCUAAGUCCAACUCAUAUGAAGCAAUGUAUCAUGUCAGAGAGUCGAUUUGAUUUUUUAAAAGAUUUGGUGAAAUCUUUGCCUGAUGUACCAGCACCUGACGAUGAAUUGCCUACUCCACCAGCAACUCCAGCAACAACAUCAGUAACAACAAGCACAGCAAUAAAUAAUGCAACACAUUCAGAAGUAGAACAUCAAAAGCAAUUGGACUUACCAAAUGCAAAUCACAAAUCCAUGAAAAAUAAUGAAGAAGUUACUGCAAAAGUAUCCCCACAAGUACCACAAUUUGAGAUGUCUAUACCUGCGUCCUUUCAAAUGAGUCAACCAAACUUUUAUAUGGAACUCAAUCCUACUAAUUUAAGUGAAAGCACAAGCAGUCGAACGACAUCAAAUUCCACUUAUACUGCCGGCAUCGAUGAGGAUUAUGACACAUAGUAAUCACCUCAAGUAGAUUUUAGGAUGUUAAAAAUCUGUACUGAAUGUGGAGUAUGAUUAGCAGAAGACAAUAGUGAUAACGCGCUUAUACACGACAGCGCCGAUUUUACAAUCACUGCGUUCGCCUAUCGAUUAGUGCUGAUACGUUUGCCUUGAAAUUAUUUCUUCAUAUUUAUACAGGAUGGUUCUCUGGCACUAAGUGAGAUAGAUGUGAUAAUAUUUAGAAAUAUAAAAAAAUAGUGUUAAAAAUCAAUUAGUGGAAGUGUAAAAUAAUUCUAAUAAAGUUUUAUUUUCUUUGAACAAAUGCGUAAUGUAUCAACUACAAUGUAUUUCACUUUAAAGAAUUACAAACUUUAUAUAAAUGAUGAUUCUUCCAAUCAUUAUUUACAAAAAUAUGUAAG